GAUGAGCAGGAUAUUGCCAUGUUAGAAAAACUUCUUGAUGAUUUUGACGAGAAGAAUCCCGAAGAACUAAAGAAGGAGCAAUUGUCCUUGAACAAGCAGUGGGAAGAUCUGAAGCAGAAAAAUCGUAUGAGGUCACUGAGUAUCAAUUUGGACCAAUUGAUCCGGAAAGUGGAAUUGCUCGAGACGCACUCCCAGGCGACUCCAAAGCGAGCGAAAUAGACUCGAUGCAUCUUCGUGCUCAUUGUUUGAAUUUUGCGAUUGAUAACACACGAUUUCUCUCUGCGACAAAACAAGCAUCAAAUCGCUCGACGAGAGAGAUAAGUGAGAAUGAAUAAAUUGCCCUCUUCGCAGUGACUAUUGUCCAGUGACUUAUCACCCGUUGUGAGCGAUGAAUCUUCUGCUCUUCGCCAUUCUGGGAUUACUGUUGAGCCCAGCAUUCGCCGCCGUGAGGGCCACAGUGGAGAAUGAGAACCCCAUCAUUGGUAUUCUGUCCCAAGAGAUUUCCUACUCGCUGGAGAAUCGCUAUCCUGGUAUGUUCAAGAGCUUCAUUGCGGCUUCUUAUGUGAAAUUCGUGGAGGGCGGAGGCGCACGUGUUGUGCCGAUCUGGAUCGACAAACCUCGGGAGUAUUAUGAGGACAUCAUGAUGAAGAUCAAUGGGAUACUCUUUCCGGGAGGAGCGACUUGGUUCAACCAAACGAAUGGAUAUUCAGAAGCGGCUGAACAUAUUUAUGCUGUGGCGAUGGAUCUCAACGACCGCGGGGAUUACUUCCCUCUUUGGGGCACUUGCCUGGGCUUCGAGCUGCUCACGUACCUUUCGGCCAAUAGCCGGGAGCAUCGUGCUCAUUGCAGCUCGCAGAAGCAACCUCUGCCGUUGGACUUCAAGCCUGACUAUCGCACGAGUCGCAUGUUUGCUCAGGCGCCAACGCGAGUCCUCGAGAUCCUGGCCAAUGAGCCUGUCACACCCAACUUCCACCAGUUCUGCGUGACUGAGCAGAAUCUCACGGAUUACGGCAUUGCCGAUGAGUGGCACGUGAUGUCAGACAACAAAGAUUGGGAUGGUUUCACAUUCAUUUCCACCAUUGAGCACACAAAGUAUCCCUUCUACGGCAUUCAAUUCCAUCCUGAGAAGAAUCUGUACGAGUGGAUCUACAACAAUAACAUCUCUCACACGCCCGACGCCAUCCUGGCGGCUCAGUACUUUGCGCAGUUCUUCGUGGACGAGACCAGGAGAAGCGACCAUGCAUUCAACAAUCACUCAGAUGAGAACAACCACAUGAUCUACAACUUCGAGGCCACAUUCACGGGAAUGCUGGGCUCCAGCUACGAGCAGUGCUACAUGUUUGAUGAGGAAGUGGACUAUGUGCAGUACAAGGACAGUCCAGAGAUUUCUGUAAAGCUGAUUGAGAGAAAUGCGAAAUACAGAAUAUUUUAGAACGAUGCUGUUGCAGAAUUGUAGUUGAAGUGCAAAUAAAAGAAUUACUAGGAAAACAUCCA